CAAACAUCAGGCGUAACCACAGCAGCAGGCACUUGGUUUUCAGUUAUAUAUUUCGACAUCGCCUCGCACCGGCUUCUCUAUCUUUCCAUACACUAAACAUCCGAAUUGGCCUUUGAAUUAGCAGCUUCAACAGGCCAUCUCAGUGAAAUCCUCCGGAGCAGCGGCAGGAUCUUAGAUGGUAUCACCGCGCAAGCCGGCAUCGUCCUACGGCUUAAGACCACCCCGCUUGGAAGCGAACAAUCUGAUGGCAGCGUCGGCAAAGAGCUGUGAGAGCCUAUUCUCGGCCAGCUCCCGGGAAUCGGCCAGUUUGAUCUACCAGAGGAGCAAGCCGCCUUCGCAACACCGCGGCGGAAUGAAGGGAUCCGGGAAUAGCAAUAGCCAGCCGGCAAUGGUUUCCCAGAACCACAGUGAGAUCCAUCAGCGGGUCAUGUCCGCGAGGAAUCUGCGCGCCAAGACCUUCCAGAAUCAACUGGCCGAUGCCCAGGCGGAGAUCGCCAACCUGGCGCAUGAGAACCGCAUGCUGCGCACCCUCCACAAACGUCAGAACUCGGCGCUGAAUAAGUACGAGUCGAACACGGCGGAGUUGCCGCAGUUGCUCCACUCCCACGCCGAAGAGCUACGCGUGUGGCAGACCAAGUACCGGAAUCUGCAAUCCAUCAACAAGGAUCUGGAGCUCAAGCUGAAGCAGAAGGAAGCCAUCAUCCUAUCGCUGAGCGAUCAGAACAAGCACUACAGCCAGCUCAACAAGGAUAAGAACCUCGAUGAGCGCCAGAAGCUUCAGGAGAAGCUAAAGUCUCUGGAGCAGCGUUUGGAGGACAAGGAUAACGACAUGAAGCUGAUGGCCCGCAAGGUGCAGCUGGAGUCCAAGAACUUCCGCCAGCAGCUGCUAAACGAGCAGAAGAAGGGGAAGGAGGUGUUGCUGAAGCUGGAGAAGGCCAAGCUCGAGAUCAGUGGCUAUCGGAAGCUGGAGGAGUACACUCUCGGCACCGACAAGGUGAAUCCCUUGUCGUCGGGGCGACGCGCCAAGCUGAGCGGCGUCUCCGAGGAGCCGGACAAGAUCGACAAGCUGGAGAAGUCGCUGGAGAUGCUGGACAAGGCCAUUGAGAAGAACAACCAGAGCGAGUUCAACGCCUUGACAGAUGUGCUGGAGUCGGAUUCGUUCUAUGACUUUGAGAAGGACAGUGCGGAGGACAAGAGUGGGCCGAAUACUCCGCCUAAUCACGUGGAGCGACAGGUGGGAAGUCGUGGCGGCAAGCUCAUCCUGCCGCCGGCCACCAACCAAUCCAAGAUGGGACAGAACCCAAGUCGUUCCACUCUCAGCCAAAUGCUCUCGGCCCAGGGAAAGAUACCAGUGUCCUCGGGAAAAGCCGGUAGAUCCAGAAUUAGCAGUGGAGCUGCCAAGACGGACAGUGUCCAGGCCAGCAAGCGUCGUGAUCCGGAGACCCUGUCCAAAAUGGCAUCCGUCGAGGUUAAGUCGAAACAGCAUUCGCUGAAGUCCCUGGAGUACGAGUACGAGGAGGACUAUGAACCGGCUGGCGAUGAUGACGAGGAGGAUGCCUACGGCCUGAUGAACAAGAUGUGCGAGGAGAGCGAAGAGCCGGAGGAAAACAGCGAGGAGAAUGCCAACGAAGCCAGUCUGGUGAAAUACGCCGCCUACCUGGACGCCAAGAGCAGCGAGGGUGAUAUUUUAGAGGAGUCGCUGGAGGAGGACGAGGGAACGGAUGGUCAGCACACGCAGCGCAGCGACGAGGAGUCCCAGGACAACAGUAUUCGUGCUCCACGCCUUAAGGAGAACAUGUCCAGCUUGCGAAAGCAGAUCUCGGAUGACUACAAGGAGCGCGAGAGCUUCCUGAAGACGUUCUGCCGCCAGGCGAGCAAUAGUAACAUGCGCGACGAUCCAGCACCCAAGAAGCGGAACAGCAUCGCCGGCGGAGCGGCGGCCAGUAGCCACAUGACCGGCAGCCGCAAGCACGCCCUCUUGGCCGCUUUGAAGACGAUCGAUGACAACAAGAGCCAGGACUAGAGUAUACCACGUUAGUUCCGCCCAUGUCCAGUUCAAGUUAGUCCCUAAGCGGUGUUGAGUUAUAUAUAUAUUUUUCAAGCUGAGACCGGUGCUUCCCGGCCUGCUGGACCAGCUGCAUCAGUCGCUGGCCAAACGCUAUCGGAUC